AUGGAUCUUAACAAGCUGCCACCAUAUUUGGAUGAAGAUUUCUUAGAUGCAUUUGGUUUGGAUUAUGUGACCGACAACCCUACCUUCUGCACUCAAGUGCCUGCAAUUCCUGAAAUUCCUCAGCCUAAUGAUGAGCAUGUGAACCAGCAGAUUUUGCCUAGUUUUUCUGAAGUUGGUCAUGCUGGUUUAGCAGAGGCGGCUACUGCAGUUUCAGAAGAGGUUCUUCCUACCGUUUCUGAAAUCAGAUUGUCAUUUGAACAUGCAAGGAUUGAGGACAGGAAUGAAGGUUCUACUGCUAAUCCUGUAGUUGUUGAUAAUGAAUUGAAUGGUGCUGGAAAUGAAGUAGCAGAAGAGGAGGAAGAGGUGUGGUCUACUCCUCAAAUGCCACACAAUGGUCUGUCUUUUGCAUCCUUGGACGAAGCAAAAGAGUAUAACUCUUAUGCAAAGAGAACUGGCUUCUCGAUUAGAACAAACACGUCACGCCAGUCCGCAAUCACAAGAGAAAUGCAGAAGGAUGGGCAAGACUUUAGGACUGCUGAGAAUGAGCGGAGACGAUGGUCAAGGCAUCCACUUGAGAAGCAUGCUUCCACUGUAUACACAAAGAAUAUGUUCUACAAGUUCUCCAAAGAGUUUGAGAAAACUACAGAAUAUGAUGUGAAGCCUGUAGGGCAGUUCCAAUAUUGGGUGGAGCUCAAUAAUAGCUUUGUUUAUGGGUAUCGAAAAAGGAACUACCUUGUUACGGCAAUAGAAGAGGAGGAAAGCUACCGCUGUGAGUGCAACAAGUUUGACAGGGAUGGAAUCAUUUGCUGCCACAUUAUGAGGGUCAUGGUCAGGAUGGGGGUGAAAUUGAUAGCAGAAAGUUACAUCCUUAAAAGGUGGACGCAACAAGCAAUUACUAGUGAUACAGAUCAGGUCCAAAAUGUGCAGGCACCGGUGGAACUUGUAGCCCAUGGGAUGCCAUUGACUGGCCAGAAAACUCCGAGAUUCACGAACGCAUCCACCGCAUUUGCAGCACUAGCAGUUGAGGGCUGUACAAGUGAUGAAAACUAUGCUAUUUUGGAGAAGCACAUCAAGCAGAUGCGAUCUGAAUUUGAAGAAAUGAAGAAAAGGAAGAUGGCGAAUAGGCGGAACACUGGUGCUAUAGAAGGUGGUGCUACAGAAGGUGCACAAGACCCUGGUGCUAUACUGGUGCUACAGAACACUGGUCCAGUGCCUCUACUCCAACUGGACCUUCACUGCGGACUACAGGUUUAA